CUACAUUUACCUAAAGCUGCCAUUGGAAAACAUGGCGGCCUCCACAAGUGCUGCGGAGGCUUUAGCCUCUGAUUCUAAAAGUUCUCCACCAGAUUUAAGCAUGGAAAGCCCAUCGAUUCAGUAUAGUAUGGUAUUGGCACAUCUGAUUGGGGACAAGAGGGCCGUAAAGGAUUUGCAUCCCGGGGUCAUGGGGGGGCUGCCAGUGCCCCCUAAAAGCGAAGAGCAGAAGAGGAUAGAAAGGGCGAUGGAGAGCUGCGCCUUCAAGUCUCUUUUGGCGUGUGUUGGAGGGUUUGUCCUCGGAGGAGCAUUUGGUGUAUUCACCGCAGGCAUUGACACCAACGUUGGCUUCGAUCCCAAGGACCCUUUGAGGACUCCCACAGCACGAGAAGUCCUCAAAGACAUGGGCCAGAGGGGCAUGUCUUACGCUAAGAACUUUGCCAUCGUAGGCGCCAUGUUCUCCUGUACAGAGUGCAUCAUAGAAUCGCAUAGGGGCAAAUCAGACUGGAAGAAUGCAGUAUACAGUGGCUGUAUAACUGGAGGAGCAAUUGGGUUUCGUGCUGGUCUGAAGGCCGGGGUCCUAGGAUGUGGAGGCUUUGCCGCUUUUUCUGCAGCCAUUGAGUAUUAUCUGCGGUAAACCACUAAAGUGACUCUGGGCAAAGAAUUUGUCCCUCUGGUUGAGCUCAUGCAGACCAAAUAUGGGAGAUGCUGACCUAUUAGUUUGCAAAUGUACAAAUGGUGCAGAAGCCAAUUACAAUCAAGAUUUGUUGGAUUUCUGUGGUUUUGUAAGUGGACAGAAAAACAACGCUUGGUAAUCGUUUAUUUUUAUUGUUAGUCAAUGAUUGUGCAAACCUUGGUCAUGUUGAGAGUGAAGAGUAAGGGGAAAAUGGACACCUUCACAUUCUUCUUCAUGUUGAGCAAUUCUUGAAAGAGUAUGUGCAAACUAUUUGGUCAUUUCAGCAGAUUUCCCAAUUUAAUAGAAUCUGCGACCACACCACAGCUGGAGAUGUAAAUAUGUUCCCUUUUUCUAAUGUGUCAUGUAUAUUGAAGUGUCAUAAACAAGACAUUCAUAUAACUGACUGGAUAUGGAUCUUGUUUUUCCUAAAAUAUAUAAACUAAAAAAAAAAAUCAUUAUAGUCAUAUAAUUGUUAUAACUAGAAUGUAUUUAUUCAGUAUCCAUAACUUUGACAUUUUUGUU